UUGCAGUUCGGUCAGUUUGGCAAAAGCUUCUGACGAAGGUGAUAUGUUCGCCAAAGUUAACCUCGACGUACGUGUGCUCAUUCGGCACUUGUCAAAUUCCACGAACUUUUAAAAAAAUUCCAUUCUUUUGCUGAAGAACAAGAAAACUAUCUGAGUCUUAGAAUACUCGAGAGCAUUUCUCAAUUUUAGCAAAGAGGAUCUCGUAAAUGGAACACUCGGACUGCAUUUCACAUCUGUAAAAUUGCCAACCGCCCCUAGAGAACAAACAGGAAACGUGCUGACAGGUUAUCGAAAAAUAGAUUUCAGAAUAAAGCGUGGAAUAUUUAAAGACGGCCAAAGCUUCGUACUUUUAUAAGUUAUGACAAGUAUGAGGUGAAACAAUCUCGAGGAUGAUCCUCCGGUUGAGUCGAGGUGGCCCACGUCGGGCGGCCCUUUACGCCAUUCUCCUGCUGUUCGUUGCAGCGAUCCUGUUUCGUAUUUGUAUACUAAGACUCACGGAAAAUGACAACCCAGGAAUGGUGUCGCCGAGUAAAUUUGUGGUGGGUCCCGACCACAAAAUCUACGAAUACAACAGAGACAUGCCGCUUAUUUUCAUAGGGGGAGUGCCUCGAUCGGGCACCACUCUUAUGCGUGCCAUGUUGGAUGCACAUCCUGAUGUUAGAUGUGGCCAAGAAACCCGCGUAAUUCCGCGUCUCCUCCAGUUGCGCUUCCACUGGUUGAAAUCCGAAAAGGAAUCUCUACGUCUCGAAGAGGCCGGUAUAACAAAAUCGGUCCUCGAUUCGGCCAUCGCCGCUUUCACACUCGAAAUAAUAGUAAAACACGGUGAGCCGGCACCACGUCUUUGCAACAAAGACCCUCUCACAAUAAAAAUGGGCACUUACGUCGUCGACCUCUUCCCGAACGCGAAAUUUAUUUUUAUGGUGCGAGAUGGUCGUGCCACGGCGCAUUCGAUCAUCACGCGAAAAGUGACCAUAACUGGAUUCGAUCUGACUAGUUAUAGGCAAUGUUUGAAAAAGUGGAACAGUGCCGUCGAGGCGAUGAACAAUCAGUGUAAAGAAUUGGGGCCGAAUAGGUGUUUGAAGGUGCCCUAUGAACAGUUGGUGCUGCAUCCGAGGAAGUGGAUGGAGAAAGUGCUCAAGUUUUUGGACAUUCCCUGGAACGAGUCGGUGCUACAUCACCAUGAGUUUAUCAAUAAUGGUGUUAGCUUGAGCAAAGUGGAGCGUUCCUCCGACCAGGUAAUCAAGCCUGUCAAUUUAGAAGCUUUAACAAAAUGGGUGGGCAGCAUCCCCGACGACGUCGUCAAAGACAUGGCCGAGAUUGCACCCAUGUUGUCAGUAUUAGGCUACGACCCAUACGCUAACCCUCCCAACUACGGCAAACCCGACGAUGUCGUCGCAACCAACACUAAGGAUAUCCAAAAGCACAAAGGAGACUGGGAAAAGAAAGCCAAAGAAAUGUUCAAUAACAGAUGGGAGGAAGGAGGAGGUGGAGAUACAGCCCUUGAUAAAGAACCCAGUGAUAAUCCAAACAAUACCACGUGAUAAUACGUGUAUACUAUUAGGUGUUUUCAAUUUGAUUGUGUGUGGACCAGGACGGUCGAGUGACUUAUUCGUGUGAAAAGACGGUGCUUUUUGAUGUAUUGUGACCAGCCAGUAUCAGAACUCUAUUUAAUUUAUUUAUAAUUGUUUGUUGACUUGUUUGGUCAUUUGAGAGUAUUCUACUAAUAAGUCUGUUGAUCGAAUUAGUUUGAUUUAACUAACUUUGUUACUUUUUGUAAAUUUUUUCGAAAUUGACUUUUGACGAAUAAAAUAUUUUAUUAUA